AUGUACGCCCGCGACAUUGCAAAGACACAACACAAGUUCAGGUUCCAAAACGACGCUAAAAACCCCUCCUUUUCCUCCUCCCUCCUCGACACAAUCUACCGCUCCAUCGACGAAGGAGAGAGGAGGACCAACGACAUGAAGUUCCACACCCAAACAAUGGUCAAGAAACAGAGCAGACUCCUCGUCGAAGAAGAGUUAACGGCGGCCAGCAUUCGCCGCGCUUGUUUGGUGGAAAAAUGGAAAGGAAGCGAGAAGACAGUGAAAGCACAAAUGGAGAGAAAAUCAAAAUCAUCGCGCUUGCAUCGUCACGAUCACGACCAGGAGGUAAUGUUCUUCACUUCAACUUCCAGUUCCUCGGAUUCCAGCUCUGGGUUGUUGUCCUCCUCUGACACAGAAUCCUUGUACGGAUCGAGGUCGCGAGUUUCGUGUUUUGCUCCUUCGAGACCAAAGCCAUCGAUGACGUCAGCGGGCAAUGAAGAGCGUUUGAUCAAGUCAAAAUCGAGGGCGUUGAAGAUCUACAACAAUCUGAAGAAGGUGAAGCAACCCAUCUCUCCUGGGGGGAAGCUAAGUACUUUUCUUAACUCUCUGUUGGGGAACGCGAAGAAAACCAAAACCUACGACGAAGCAAAACCCAAGUCGGGACAAGAAUCCACGUGUUCCUCUGCGUCCUCGUUCUCACGCUCUUGUCUGAGCAAGGCUUCGCCUUCCUCCAACAAAUUGCGCGACGGGGUUAAGCGAACGGUGCGUUUUUACCCUGUGAGCGUGAUCGUGGACGAGGAUAGUCGACCGUGUGGGCAUAAGUGUCUGUAUGAAGAAGACGCCACGCGCGUAAUGGCAGUGUCCAUGCCAACCGUGUGGAAAAUUGGACGCAACAAGAACGAAGAAGAGGAAAAGGUCGUGGAUAAGAGCAGGCGCGUGGAGGAGGCCGCUAGAGAGUUUUUGAAAGAGUACCAUCGAAACCAGAAGAAGAACAAUUUGAUUAAGUUGAGGGAUUUUCCUAAUGCGGUGGAAGAUGACGAUGAGGAUGAUACCGAUGAUGACGAUGCAGCGAGUUAUUCAAGUUCGGAUCUGUUCGAGCUCGAUCACCUUGAAGUGAUGGGAAACAAUAGGUAUCGCGAGGAGCUUCCUGUGUACGAGACCACUCAUGUUAGUACUAAUCGCGCCAUUGCUAAUGGCCUCAUAUAA